AAAAUGACACUACGUAAUUUAGAAGCCACAAUUUUUGCUGCUACUAACUCUUCCGGCGACGAUUCCCAUAAACCCUAAAUCAACUUUCGCCGCCGAUCAAUCUGCCCAUUAUCUCGGGUUCUUGAUUUAAGAAAAAAACCAAGAACUUGUUGGUUUUUUAAGAUGCGUGUUUUAAGGUAUUCUUAGAUUAUUUUGUAAUACAUGUUUUAAGCGAAAGUGUGAGGCUAUUUGGAGCGCAGUUCGGUCAGGGUCUGAUCAAUUUUCCGAUCAAAAAAAUAAGAUUUUUGCAUGCAUUGUUUUCAAGAACUUGCUUUCUGAAGUUACAUUGUUAUUCUUAGGUGCAUAUGAAAUAAAAGAAACUGUUGUUUUCAAGAAUAUAUUGUGUUGUCAAGGAAAUUCAAGAAAUCUAUUUUUUUUUAGAAGAAUUGUGUUGUCAUUCUCUAUAUGUAUCGUCUAGACUAAUGAUUUUGAUUGUUUCUUAGAGAAUGGGAAUUAUAUGUUCUCUGAUUUUGUUAUUUGAGAUGGCCUUUUUGAUCUCAUUCGUAUUCCAAGUUUGAGUUUCAGCCUGCCUUCCACCGAAUAUAAAAUAGAGGCGAGCUGCUGAGGAAAUGGCAAGUCUUGCUGUUAUGCAAUUUAAUCACUUAGACUAGUUGCUCAAACUCUUCAGUAUCUGUUGCUAUAGACAUUACGACCUGCUAUGUUAAGGUGGAUGACAAUGGAUCUGGUGGGUGUUUCACGAGAUGGACUGGUGCUGAUGGGAGAGAAACAUGGUAAUCUUUUUGCAAAAUGUUGGACUGACAUCAUCUUUUCUAUUGUAGCGAUGCUAUUGUUACGUACUUUCUUUUGCCUGACAGCUUUGAUGUUCAUAACUUGGAAUGAUAGUUGUAAUCUAUAGGAUUGCUUGCAUGCAUUACUCAACUGCGAGGCUGUUUGACGGUCUGCGUUCAUUAGUAUCUUUUUACAGAUGUUCUUUUAUUUAUUGUUAUGUGGUUUUACUUGUAAAUGGGCUAACUUGUAUGGCUGUACACAACACCAAAUAUUGAUGCUUACAUUUUGGUUUUACUUGUAUUGUAAGUUGCAUGUACAUUGCCUUCCUGGUGCUUCAUUUGCAAUAAAUACUUUCUUUACCUUAACCGUCUCCCCAAAAGAAAAAGGGUAGCUUGAGGGAGGUGGGUGGAGAGAGACAUGAAAUAUGUUUUUGUUGAUCACUAUUGUAUGUAGAGAUGCUUUGAUUAUUUAUUCUUGCUGAAGUUGAGCGGGAACAUCAAUAUUGGUGCUAAGGUACUUUAAGGCUAGCUUAUGGAUACAAUAUUUGUGUCUGUUUCUUUCAUCUUUUGUCAUGCUUCAUUUUUUCUGGCCAUUUUAACAUGGUGGCUCAGUUUUAUGCACAAUAUAACACUGAGGUGAGUUGUCUUUCCAACCUUUUGACUGCUUGUAUGUUGCAUGUUUUCUUUGAUUAAUACCUAUCAAACGGCCAAAUGUUCAGAAAUUAGAUGCACUCAUAUCACAAAAAAAUGAAUUUUACAACAAAAUCUGACCAAGAUCAUUCAAGACUAUGUUCAUAGUUGCUUAUAUCAUUUACAAAACAACAAAAAUUGAACAAGGUCAUUUAAGAUUAUGUUUGGUCUGAAGUUAGGCAAAAGAUAAAUUUACAAACAAAAAUAAAUAAACUAACUUUAGUUUCAAACUGGAGUUAGUAUAUUUGUCUUUGUUUGUAAAUUUAUCUUUUGUAAGGGUUGUUAAACAUAGUCUUAAAUGAUCUUGGUCAGUUUCUGUUGUUUUGUAAGUGAUAUGAGAAAUGCCAAACAUAGUUUUGAAUGACAUUGGUCAGUUUUUGUUGUAAAUGUCAUGUUUUUGUAAUAUGCAUGCAUGUACUUCAGCAAUUGUUGUAAUUUCUGAGCAUUUGACCUUUUGAUAGGUAUCAAUCAAAGCUUGCUCUGAUCUAGUGGGUGUUGCUUUUGCCUUGAGGUUCAUAUGUACUGGUCAUAAGAGACCGUGAAUGUGUUUGAUCUUACUUCGGGCACCCUAUCUUCAAAGUUUCAUCGAUGAAAUUUUAUCCUUGCGACCAGUCUCUCAAGAACUCUACUAGUGAAAUGUCAGGUUUCGGCUCUGCUUAAUGUCAUAGAGGGGACUCUUGGUCUGUACUUCUCUUAUGAUGUCAAUAUACCAUUGAGGGAGAUGGGGAGCAUUAAGCGAAUGCCCGAGAAUAUUUGGAGCUCAAUUCGGUCGGGCGUUAUCUUGUAUGAUUUCUCAAGGGUUGUUGAGGAGUUGGUUUUCAACAGCCUCGAUGCUGGUGCUGCCAAGGUAUCUGUUGCUGUAGGCAUUGAGACCUGCUACGUUAAGGUGGAUGACAAUGGAUCUGGUGUUUCACGAGAUGGACUGGUGCUGAUGGGAGAAAAAUAUGCGACGUCAAAAUACAGCCAUUCAGAUGAUAUGCAUGCUUUCCCAGCAAGCUUUGGCUUUAAAGGAGAGGCUCUGAGCUCUAUUUCUGACUUUUCUUUGUUGGAAAUUGUUACUAAAACUCAUGGGAGGCCAAAUGGAUAUCGGAAAGUUUUGAAGGGAGGCAAGUGUUUGUACCUUGGAAUUGACGAUUGUAGACAAGAUGUUGGUACAACAGUCAUUGUUCGUGAUGUAUUUUACAACCAACCAGUUCGAAGGAAGCAAAUGCACUCCAACCCAAAGAAGGUGUUGCAUGCUCUGAAAGAGUCUCUGCUAAGAAUCGCCCUUGUUCAUCCCAGUGUCUCCUUUAAAAUUGUUGAUAUUGAAAGUGAGGAUGACCUGCUUUGCACUCGUGCUUCUCCUUCUCCAUUGCCGCUAUUGUCCAGUGAGUUUGGAAUUCAUCUGAGUUCCCUUAACAAAUUGAAUGCAAGUGAUGGUUCAUUCAAGCUCUCAGGAUACAUUUCAGAUCCUGAUGUUUACACAGUGAAGGUCCUUCAAUAUUUCUAUAUCAAUUCAAGAUUUGUUUCCAAAGGACCAAUACAUAAAUUACUUAAUAACACAGCUAUGAGUUUUGACAGAGCUUCUGACAUUGAGAAGCGAAGUAGAUCUCAGAUAUAUCCUCUGUUUAUGCUGAACCUAAACUGUCCAAGAUCUUUUUAUGAUUUUACUUUGGAGCCUUCAAAGACCUCUGUGGAAUUUAAGGAUUGGGGCCCUGUCCUUCUCUUUAUUGAGGAUACUGUUGCGAAUCUCUGGACUGAAAGUAACUCUGCUGAUAUACCUGUGAAUCAUGAGAUCAGGAAAAAGAGGUGCAGGGCUCAGAGUUGCAAAGAUACACUUGAACUUCUUUCCCCGCUGCCAAAGAAACAGAUCAGAGAGUGCACUGUCAGGAGAGAUAUUCAAUCUCCGCAGAAUACUCUGUGGGAAAGUGCUUCUGCGAAACCUGAUCCUGGGCCCGGGUUCCUCUGUCAGAUUGAAAGUCCAAGUCGGUUAGUUGAUGGAUCUCUUGCUCAUUGCACAGUUGGUGUAAACUGGAAAUCCAGAUGCUCUGUGCAACCCCUUUCAUCUAAUGUUUCACCUACAGAGAAUUAUUUCCUGGAUAACAAAUUCAGUGCUUCAGCUACCUCCAGUUAUAAAUCAGACUGCCUGCUAGGUUCAGGAUGGGAGAACGAGUCUCAAACAAUUUUAGUUGGCAAAUCAACAGAGGAUGCCUCAUUUAAGGAGUCUCUUGAACUUAUUGACAGUUCAAAUAUGAUGCAUGAGAGAAGGAAACCAUUCAUGCGUAGCUGUUCUUUGCGCAGAAGCCUGAUACAUGAUGGAACAUCUUUUGAUAGUGAUGAAGACGUUAAGUUUGGAAAAAGUGACUGCAGAACUAAACAAAAUCGCCUUGAAGAUGAUUAUAGUGUUGAAUUUGAAGUUGUUCAUGAUGUUAACCGGGUCUUACAUCAAAGGCCUACUAGAGGCAAGGAAAUAUAUUUUGAGAAGUUCUCCAGGUGCAAAACACAGAGCAGGGCAUUGCAGCGGACAAAAAAAAUUUCAGGUGAUUCAGAAAAGUCUUCUUUAACCAAGGACAUUCUAGAUGAAGAUGAUCAUCUUAUGGACUUCUUUAAACAGACUGAAAACUAUCGUUCUGGCCUACCAUCUUUUAGUCCAGAACUAUCUCCUCUGCCAGCAUAUCCCUUGCUCGGGAGCAGAUCUCUAGAUGUUAAUCCUUACAUCUCUGAAAAUGAGCUUGAAACUUCUGUUAAACAUGAAGUUGGUGUCACGUAUAAUUCUGGAAACAUGCAAUGUAAUCUCUUGGUUCCAGCCAUAAAUAAUAUGGGAAAAGAGGACUGCUUGUUUUCAAAUCCUGCAAAGUUUGAUCUUGAUUUUUAUGCUUGUUCUAAAGAGGAUUUGGGCUGUAUAGGGGGACUUGAUCCGUGGGACAUUUAUAGUUCAGGUCCUUCUGAAUCCUAUUAUGAUGGAGAUGAUUUGUCACAUACACAUUCUCAUGGUGAAAAUCUUACUAAUUGUUUGACACCACGAGCUAUGCUCUCCUCUUGGGUGGAUGGGAAUUCGCAUAAAUGGAAUGAUGCUGGGAGUCGAGGUAACACAGAUAAGCUUAUAAGGAAGAAGAGUAGAAGUCAUUCAGCUCCUCCAUUUUAUCAAGGCAAGAAGAAGUUUUUUGCCACGAGCGAGUCUUCAAAAACGGCAGCAGGAAAUAACAUUAUUAAGACUGUUCAUGAUGUGCCACUCAUGCCAGAAACUAGAGCAGUAAGAAGACUGGGGGAUUCUACAGAAGCUAUCUGCUCGGAGCUUCCACAGCAGUCAUCCCAUCAAUGUGAUCAAUCUUCCACCCCAAGUUGUGGUGAUGGUGUUUAUUCUGAUGAAAGGCUAAGUGUUAAAAUGAAACUUGUUGACAUCUGGAAUAGCAAAUUACAAACUCAAGGAGAGUGCAUAAGUACACGCUAUGGGGAGUUAAAAGAAGAAUUUGCACCAACAAAAGAAACUCAAAGUAUCUUAGAUUCUGGGACAAAAUGGAGGGACUUCUGUCCAGAGAUUACAAGCGGCGCUGGAACAAAGAGUCGUAAGAAUCAGGAUACUGUACUCAAUGUCACUUCUGGCAUAUUGCAUUUUCUUGGUGAUUCAUUGGUUCCUAAUACCAUUGAUAGAAACUGCCUGGGUGGUGCCAAAGUACUCCAACAGGUUGAUAAGAAGUUUAUUCCGAUUGUGGGCGGCACAACACUUGCUAUAAUUGAUCAGCAUGCUGCAGACGAGCGAAUUCGUUUGGAAGAACUGCGUGAGAAGGUUCUAUCUGGACAAAAAAGAACAACAACCUAUCUUGAUUCCGAGCAAGAAUUGGUCAUGCCUGAAAUUGGUUAUCAAUUAUUACACAACUAUGCUGACCAAAUUCAAAACUGGGGUUGGAUCUGCAACAUUCAUUCUCAAGCUUCAAAAUCAUUUACCAGCAGGAACUUGAAUCUGAUUCACAAGCAGCAAACAUCUGUCAGGCUUCUUGCGGUUCCCUGUAUUCUGGGUGUUAAUCUAACAGAUGUGGAUCUGUUAGAAUUUCUUCAACAGCUUGCUGACACAGAUGGAUCAUCAAUAGUACCUCCAUCAGUGAAUCGUAUCCUGAAUAACAAGGCUUGCAGGAGCGCAAUUAUGUUUGGAGAUGCAUUGUUGCCUUCAGAGUGUUCUCUCAUUGUUGAGGAGUUGAAGCAGACUUCAUUGUGUUUUCAAUGUGCUCAUGGGCGGCCAACUACUGUACCUCUUGUCAACUUGGGCUCUCUGCAUGAGCAGAUUGCUAAGUUAGGUUCAUGGAGUAAGGGUUCCUCCGAGGCAUGGCAUGGAUUACAUCGGCAUGCAAUCAACCUAGAACGUGCAGCAAAGCGACUAAGAUCAGCCGUAUCCUAGUGUCAAAAAUCUCUCGUUAGUAUACCUUUCCAAUAUAUAGCCAUAGUAACUCAUUCUGAAUGGACUGUAAAGAAAUUUGUGACGAUAAUGAAAUAGGUUAUUUGAUUGUAACAUAACUCAACUGUUGUCAUAGUUAAAUUUGUAUAUCCCAUUCUAACCUUCUCUUUUUGCUAGACAAUAUGAAGUGAUAUUGGAACAAUGGUA